AUGUCUGAAGAUACAAAUCAGUUUCCACAAAUUAAUCAUGUAAUUAAAACAGAACCUAUUGAUUAUUCAAUAGAAGAAACCAAUGAUGCAGAUAUUGUUAUAAAAGAAGAAUUAUUGUAUGAUAUUAAGUCAGAAUUGCACUUAGAAGAUCACGUAGAAAGUUCUGUAAACGAAGAUAAUGAUGCAAGUGUAGUUAUGACAGAUGAAAUUAAACAAGAAAUGCAUCCAGAAGAUAACUCAGAAAAUUUUAUUAUUUCCGAUGUACCAAUAGAUGAAAGACUGAAGCAAGAGGUAACACAAUCGUACGAUGAAUUACCACAAGACCUCGAAUCUACUCAUGGCAAUUUACAUAAACAUAUGUCUUCACAUAGUGAAGAGCGACCUUAUGAAUGCAAAAUAUGCAAAAAAGCAUUCAGUCAACGGAGUUAUUUGAAACAGCACCUGAAUACACAUGCUAAUGGGGAACACAAAUGUGUACCGUGUGAUAGAGUAUUUAAAUCACCAGGUAAUUUUAAAAAGCAUAUGGCCUGUCAUCAGACUGAUGAGUGUUUUAAAUGUACAGUUUGUGAUAAAGCUUUUCCUACAACAAAUCAUUUAAAACGGCAUAUGAGUGUUCAUGCAGAUAAACUGCACAAAUGUAUGUUGUGUGAUAAAUCGUUCAGCCUGGAAGAUAAUUUGCGUAAACAUAUGGUUACUGCACACUCUAACACUCUAACUGAAUAUUUAACCAAUCAUUUUACACAAAACCAAAUAACUUGUGAGAAACCUGAUGAAAAAUUUGCAAACUUAGAGUUAAUAACAAUGCAAAAUGAUGAACUGGCUUUUCAGUGUAACAUGUGCAAUAAAUCAUAUAAUAAUGAACUGUGUUUACGCAAACAUAUGAAAGUGCACACCAGGCUACGUCCCCACAAAUGUGAACUUUGUGAAAAAACAUUCUUAUCACUUAAGCAUUUACAAGAUCAUAUGAAUAUUCACAACGGACUGCGUCCUUAUAAAUGUGAAACAUGUCCUAGAGCCUUUGCGUUUGCAGGAAACUUAACAAAACACUUGGUAGUCCAUACCGGAGAGCGUAAUUAUAAAUGUGAAACAUGCAGCAGAACUUACACACAAAUGAGUAGUUUAAGAACACACUUGUUAUCCCAUACUGGUAUACGACCUUUUAAAUGUCCAAUAUGUCCUCGAGCAUUUACCUUGCGCAGAAAUUUAGAAGCCCACCAGCUUACUCAUUUACAAAUCAAACUUUAUAGAUGCAAUAUAUGCACUAAAGAGUUUACUACACCUGGUAGUUUGUCCAGGCAUGCAAUUCUUCAUACUGGAGAACGUCCUUUUGUGUGUGAGAUAUGUGAUAAAUCUUUUUCUGAGAAGGCUAGUUUAAAAAAACAUGUCAUUCUUCAUACCGGAAUACGGGCUUCUAAAUGUGAUAUAUGCAAGAAAGCUUUUAGUCAAACGAGUAGUUUGAAGAGGCACAUGAAAACACAUGGUAGUACGAAGCCUAAUAAAUGUGAAUUAUGUGGGAAAGGAUAUAAUAAAGCGAGCGGGUUAAGGAAACAUAUGGAGAUACAUAAAGAAAUUUUGGAUAAUUCAGCAACUUCAUGA